GUGAGAAAUGGAACAACAAUCGGUUAUUCAACAGCCUGGCUUGCCAAUUAGAGUCAAUUUAAAUUUUGAAGAUAUUAAGAAAAUCGUAUUGGAAUUAUACAGCAUAAAUAUAACAUCAGUUAAGGAAUUAAUUGGCUAUGACGAUAAAAACUACCAUUUGAUAGAUGAUCGUGGUGAAGAAAUUAUUUUAAAAAUUAUAAAUUCCUUUGAUUCUCAAAAGCCAGAAAUUUUUGAAGCGCAAUCACUUCUUUUAGAACAUUUAGGUAAAAAUGGCAUUAAAUGUUCUUUACCCAUUAAAACCAAGGACAAACAAUACUUCGUAUUACACAACUUUGAAAGUGGAAGUCACAUAGUAAGAGCACUAAAAUUUAUAAAAGGAACAGUAAUAGCAAAAGUACCAUGGACAUCAGAAUUAUUUUAUGAAGUCGGACAAAGUGCUGCACAAAUGGAUACGGCUAUGAAGACUUUUACUCAUGUCGCUUACAAAAAUUAUAAAUCACUUUGGCUACUUGAGUCAGUACCACAAAUACUAAAUUUCUUACACGCAGUUUCCGAUAUAGAACGACGGGAACUAGUAAAAAUAAUUGUUAAGAAGUUUGAGGACAAAGUACUACCAUUUUCCAAAUCGUUUAGUAGAGGACUGAUUCAUGGAGAUUUUAAUGAACACAAUAUUAUAGUCGAUAAGAACGAUAAAGGUUUAUACGAAAUCACGGCAAUUAUUGAUUAUGGUGAUUGUCAUAUUGGAUGUUAUUUAUAUGAAAUAUCAAUAACUAUGGCGUAUAUGAUGUUGUUGGCGAAGAAUAUUGAAGUUGGAGGAGCUGUUCUUGCAGGUUACUCUUCGAUUAUGCCUCUAAGUAAUGAAGAAUAUCGGCUUAUAAAGCUUUGUGUAGCAGCUCGUUUAUGCCAGUCUUUAGUUUUGGGUGCCUACGCUAACAAACAAGAUCCAUCAAACACUUACGUUUUGGUAACUUCCGCGUACGGAUGGCAAUUAUUGCAAGAACUUUGGAAUGAAGAUGAUGAUCGACUUCUCGAGAAAUGGGAUAAUUAUGUUGUAAAUAAUAAUUUAUAAUAAUAAUCAUAAAAAUAAUUGAUAUUAUGAUUCAUGAUCUGAUAUAUGAAGUAAUCUCCAUAAUAUUGUAAGUUAAGAAAUAAUAUGAACAGUAUAAGAAUAUAUAUAUAUAUAUAUAUAUAUAUAUAUAUAUAUAUAUAUAUAUAUAUAUAUACAUAUACAUAUUAUUUAAAAAACUUUCUUUUAGAUUAAAUCUUUAGAUUUUUCCAGAGGCAAACUGUUCUUCCUGAGAUCUUAAUUAUUUGCAAGAAAACAACUUUUACAAAAUACAGUUAUGUUAUUUUUGGAGAAUUAAAGUAAGAUAUUAAUUUAACAAAAUGAGUUGUAUGUGUAUUAUAAGAAGUAUAUUUAUUACAUUCUGUCGAAUUUCUUUACGUCACAUUGUAAUAUAUUGUGUUAUAUUGUAUUGU